UUACUGCAGGGGGACAAGGGACAGGGAUCAAGGCUGCUGGGUUAUAGCAGAUAGGGGAUGCUAAACAACCAUAUAUAAGCCACGCUGCUGCUCCAUCUGCUAUCAGCGUGGGUGUGUGACCAGAGCUCCACCAUGAAGCAGUACGUGCUGUUGUUGCUGGCGUGUGCGUAUGCCCAUGGGGCACCUGUGGACCCCAUGAAGCCGGGCUCCUGCCAGGACCCCUCCACACAGAGCGCAGCAGAGCUGGCUCUCACCAAGAUCAACCAAGACCGAGAGCAGGGCUACGUCUUCAGCCUGAACCGCCUAAGAAACGUCAACCAGAUGCAGCAUGGGCCCACUGGGGUUGUCUUUUACCUGACACUGGAUGUUCUGGAGACCAAGUGCCAUGUUCUCAGCAAGAGGGACUGGAAGAGCUGUGAAGUCAGACAAACACACGACACACCGGUCUAUGGUCAGUGCAAGGCCACAAUCUACAUUAACAAAGUUCAGAGAGUAGUCCGUCUGUACAGCUACAGCUGCAGUGUGAGACCAGCGCCUAAUUCCAAAAUCAGCCAAAUCUGUCCUGACUGCCCCUCUCAGAUCCCCCAGGAUGAUGAGAGUGUUAUGAAGACAGUGAAGAUGUCUCUAGAGAAAUACAACAGAGAAAGCAAGAACUCAAAUCACUUUGCCCUUUUAAAUGUCACAAGAGCAUCUGCUCAGGGGGGUAUUGCUGUAUUCUAUUUUGUGGAAUUCACCAUUCAGGAAACAGUCUGCUCCAAUAGCACAGAUGUCACUGAAGCAGCCAAAUGUGCACUGAUGGAUUGCGAGUUUGCACACAAAGGCCACUGUACUGGAUCCCACUCUCAGUCACAUGGAAAGGAAUAUAUCACAGUAAACUGCGACAUCUUUGAACCUGAGGAGGCAGAAAAAGAGAAGCAGAGGCAUCUGCUUGGAGGGGAGCAUGGUCACAGUCAUAACGACACCCAUCACCAUGGCCACGCCCAUGACCAUGCCCAUGACCAUGACCACGCCCAUGACCAUGCCCAUGACCACACCCAUGCCCACAACCACACCCAUGACCAUGCACAUGACCAUGCCCACGACCAUGACCAUGACCACACCCAUGACCAUACCCAUGACCAUGCCCAUGACCAUGCCCACGACCAUGACCAUGACCACACCCAUGACCAUACCCAUGACCAUGCACAUGACCAUGCCCAUGACCACACCCAUGCCCACAACCACACCCAUGACCAUGCACAUGACCAUGCCCACGACCAUGACCACACCCAUGACCAUACCCAUGACCAUGCACAUGACCAUGUCCAUGACCACACCCAUGACCAUGACCACACCCAUGACCAUGGCCAUCACCAUGCACACAACCAUGCCCAUGACCACACCCACAAUCAUACUCAUGACCACAGCCAUGACCAUGUCCAUGAGCAUGGAGAUCAUCAUCAUCAUCAUCAUCAUCACCAUCCUGAACAUAGUCAUGGGCAUAACCAGACACAUCAGCAUGAACACGAGCAUGACCAUGAACACAAGCACCAACACCUCCACGUUCAUGAACACCACCACCACCACCAUGACCACCACAGACCCAUCAAGGGCCCAAAAGGGACUGUGCAUUACCUCCCUGACAUAGACCAGCCAGUGAUCAUGCCAUCAUUCCUGAACGAGCCCAGCCAGGCCGUCACUCUGCCUGUCUUUCCUGACAAAGAAGUGCCUGAGGAGAGGGAGCCAAUCAUUCUUCCCUUCCCCAGCACCAUUUCCCCACAGUGCCCUGCAGAGCCUAAGAAUGAGAUGAGCCUCAUCAAGGAGCUGUUUGCUGAUGACCCCCUCUUCAAAAAUUGA